ACCGUAUCUGCUGGAAACACACUAGCUGCAGAUGCUACGAUCGAAGCGACGUGUAAACACCAUUUACACGCAGAUUUCUUCUGAGAAGAAAGACUUUUUCAUUUUCGUUUUUUGUGAAAUGACUACCUCAUACAAAAAGAAUACCUAAAGCUAUGCUUUAAGAUUUGUGUUGUUUUUAUUGUGUGGUCGUCACGUUUACAGCUUGAAUAAUCUUGCAGAUCUUUGCACCAAGUGAGACCUUAUAUUACACUGCGCCUUCUCUGAAGACUCAAAAAAGGCCAAUACACCUGUGAUCAACCUGCCAUCUGUUACAUCACUGAAAAAACACAAAAAUUAGCAACUUUAGUUAAUUAAACAGCUAUUAAAAAAAACCUUCUAAGGCAGCUAUCCCUCAGGAAACAAAAAACUGUGACCUUUGACCUCCGAGGCAGCCAUGUUCCAGCGGCUCACCAGUUUGUUCUUUGGAAGCGAGGAAGAAGUUACUCCAGAUCUGAAGGGACCGAAGCCCUGCGUGUCUGAGGCUGAUGAAGAGGGAUGGCUCCUGGUCAAUCUGCACGGUGAGGAUGGGCCAGAGGCAGCUUCAGUAGCAUGCGCCCGUCCCCGCAGUGAAUGUCAUGCAUCUCAGAUAUGCGGCCCCUCUCCUCCCACCUGCAGAAACCGCAGGACUAGAGCAGGCAGGAUACAGGCGGCACAUCCUUCCUUCCCUUCCAUCUGCUCUCCUCCUCAUCCCUCCUCACAUCCCUCCUCCUCCUUCUCUCACCUUGAGUCAGUAGAAGUGAAUGUGUUGUUAAGCGAGCGGGGAUCGUGUUCCUGCAGCAUGGAUGAGAGCUGGUUUGUCACCCCUCCCCCCUGUUUUACUGCAGAGGGAGCCACAGCGGAGGCCAGCCCCAUGGAGGACCUCCUCAUCGAGCACCCCAGCAUGUCCGUGUACGUCUCCGCUGGCCCUCUCCCUGCGGUGGAAGAGAGCACCACCAGCCUGAAUGGCAGUGUCAGCAGGAUGUCUGAAUCAGCAGCGCCCGUAAUGACCAGGAGCAGCAUGCCCACACGGGUGACCCGAGGAGCAGCCGCACAAGCAGGUGCCCUGGCUAAAGUCACCCAGGUCUCCAGGGUCCAGAGGGCCAAAGCCCGCACUGAGCGUCGCCACCCGGCACGCAACCGCAUGCAGCGCCAAAACCGUGUGCGUGAACAGGUGCAACGGCGCGCGACCCACACCCGCAAUUCCUUCCUGCACCAACCAUGCCAGCGCAACGUCUGCCACUGAUGUAUUAAAAUUUACAUUGAGGGCAUUAUAACCCACCCCAAGAAAACCCACACCUCCCAAUGAAUCCCCUACCUUCUCAAGUUCUCCUUUUGCUUUUACUGGUUUUAUGUACAUAAUGUUAUUCAGUUUCAUAUUAAUCAGGUUUGUCUUUGAGUACAAGCCAGUUUAUCUUCUUUUCACUCUUAUUUGGAAACCCACUACCAAGCACAAUUACUCUAAGACGAUUCAUAUAUUUGCUUAAAUGGCCAUGUACCUCCAAUAACACCUAAAUCAGUAUCUGGGAGUAUAGCUGAAAAGGAGACACAUGUAAACUCUGUAUCUUUACAUACAUCCCUCUAAAUGUAUAACAAUGACACUUCAGGUACAUUGACACUGUUUGUUGAAACAUAAUCAGGUUAAAUUGUCAAAAGAAGGAGCCAACCACUGAAUGCUUCAUGGAAAUAUGAUCCUAAGAUCACAUCACACUGAGAGAACAAAAAGCUACUACAGCAAUAAAAAAGGUCACUUAAAGACAACAAGAAUGAAAAGUAUGUAGAUAGUGUGAGUGAGCAAGAAUAGUAAACAGAUACAUGCAGUUGAGAGUUUGCAGAUUAAGACAAAUUUAUAUAAGCCAGAUAUGUUUGUAAAGAGGUCAUUUCAAAGUAGAUGUUGCUGCCUGAUUUUCAGCAUAGCGGUGCUAACUUUCAAAAGUAAUUCGACUCCCAAACAAUUUAAUUUAAUUGCUUGCUUUUGUAUGACCUCUCUUUCUAAACCUAGUGAGUUGCCUAUCUAAACAGCAUUUAGGAAACACCAUUUAUUGGUGUGCUUCCGCAAAGGCAGUAUCCUUCCAAGAAAAGGCAGUUUCACUGAAGAAAUCAAUUCAAGAUGGUGGAGAAAGUGGGCACUCAAUUCUAUACAUAGUCUGAAUGGGAAAAAAUACCCCAGUGCAUUUAUAAAUAGAUAUUUACACCCAAUAUUUAGGUGUGUUAUGAAUUUGUGCUUAUUAGAGCAUUGCCUUGCGUUAGCUUAGCAACAUGCUAACAUCAAAUUCUACUGGAAUCAACCGUAAGCAUCAAAACUCUUGUGUAUUUUGUAAUUCAUUCAGUAC